UCGGGUAGAGCCGCGAGGCCAAUAUGGCUUCCUGCACCUGGUGACGGUUGAAGAAACGGUGUUAGGUCUCAUGGAGAAGACCCGGGGCGUCGAGGAAGCUCCAUCUUCAGAACCUAUGGAGGAGGAAGAGGAAGAGGAGGACGAUUUGGAGCUCUUUGGUGGCUAUGACAGUUUCCGGAGCUAUAACAGCAGUGCGGGCAGCGAGAGCAGCUCCUAUCUGGAGGAGUCAAGUGAAGCAGAAAAUGAGGAUCGGGAAGCAGGGGAGCUGCCCACCUCUCCCCUGCAUUUGCUCAGCCCUGGGACUCCCCGCUCCUUGGAUGGCAGUGGUUCUGAGCCAGCUGUCUGUGAGAUGUGUGGUAUCGUGGGUACAAGGGAAGCCUUCUUCUCCAAGACUAAGAGAUUCUGCAGCGUCUCCUGUUCUAGGAGCUACUCCUCCAACUCCAAGAAAGCCAGUAUCUUGGCCAGAUUACAGGGAAAACCACCUACCAAGAAAGCCAAAGUCCUCCACAAGGCGGCCUGGUCUGCCAAAAUUGGAGCCUUCCUCCACUCCCAAGGGACAGGACAGCUGGCAGAUGGGACGCCAACUGGGCAAGAUGCGCUGGUCUUGGGUUUCGACUGGGGGAAGUUCCUGAAGGAUCACAGUUACAAAGCUGCUCCUGUCAGCUGUUUUAAGCAUGUCCCACUGUAUGACCAGUGGGAGGACGUGAUGAAGGGGAUGAAGGUGGAGGUGCUCAAUAGCGACGCUGUGCUCCCCAGCCGGGUGUACUGGAUUGCCUCUGUCAUUCAGGCCGCAGGGUACCGGGUGCUGCUCCGGUAUGAGGGCUUUGAGAAUGACGCCAGCCAUGACUUCUGGUGCAACCUGGGAACAGUGGAUGUCCACCCCAUCGGCUGGUGUGCCAUCAACAGCAAGAUCCUGGUGCCCCCGCGGACCAUCCAUGCCAAGUUCACCGACUGGAAGGGGUACCUCAUGAAACGGUUGGUGGGCUCCAGGACGCUUCCUGUGGAUUUCCAUAUCAAGAUGGUGGAGAGCAUGAAGUACCCUUUUCGGCAAGGCAUGCGGCUGGAGGUGGUGGACAAGGCCCAGGUGUCACGGACCCGCAUGGCCGUUGUGGACACAGUAAUUGGGGGUCGCCUUCGGCUCCUCUAUGAGGAUGGCGACAGCGAUGACGACUUCUGGUGCCACAUGUGGAGCCCCCUGAUCCACCCAGUGGGUUGGUCACGGCGCGUUGGCCAUGGCAUCAAGCUUUCAGAGAGGCGCAGUGACAUGGCCCACCAUCCCACCUUCCGGAAAAUCUACUGUGAUGCUGUUCCUUACCUGUUCAAGAAGGUUCGAGCUGUCUACACGGAAGGUGGUUGGUUUGAGGAAGGGAUGAAACUGGAAGCCAUUGACCCCCUGAAUCUGGGCAACAUCUGCGUGGCAACCAUCUGCAAGGUUCUCCUGGACGGCUACCUCAUGAUCUGUGUGGACGGGGGGCCUUCCACAGAUGGCUCAGACUGGUUCUGUUACCAUGCCUCCUCCCACGCUAUCUUCCCAGCUACCUUCUGCCAAAAGAAUGACAUUGAGCUCACACCACCUAAAGGCUACGAAUCACACACUUUCAGCUGGGACACCUACUUGGAGAAGACCAAGUCAAAAGCAGCUCCAUCGAGACUCUUUAACAUGGACUGCCCCAACCACGGCUUCAAGGUGGGCAUGAAGCUGGAGGCCGUGGACCUGAUGGAACCCCGGCUCAUCUGCGUGGCCACGGUGAAGCGGGUGGUGCAUAGGCUCCUCAGCAUCCACUUUGACGGCUGGGACAGCGAAUACGACCAGUGGGUGGACUGUGAGUCUCCGGACAUCUACCCCGUCGGCUGGUGUGAGCUCACCGGCUACCAGCUCCAGCCACCCGUGGCCGCAGAGCCGACCACACCUCUGAAGGCCAAAGAGGCCACGAAGAAGAAAAAGAAACAGUUUGGGAAGAAAAGGAAAAGAAUACCACCGAGCAAGACCCGGCCCCUCAGACAGGGGUCCAAGAAGCCCCUGCUGGAGGACGACCUGCAGGCCGCCGAGAAGAUCUCAUCGGAGCCUGUUCCUGAAGAGAUCAUUGCUGUGCGUGUGAAGGAAGAGCAUCUAGACAUGGCCACACCUGACAAAGCCCCGAGUCCAGAGCUGCCUGUUCCCAUCGAGAACAUCAAACAGGAGACAGACGACUGAGCCUUCCCCACAGCCAGCCCGGGGCUUCUCUGUUGCUACCGCCCCUCACCCCGCUUUAGUUGGGAGAAUGAGCCUUUUUUGCAUAAGUUCUGCCAGGUGCUGUGAAGGCCAGGCCCCCAAGGACCUCUGUCCUCCUCCCUGGCGAGGCCUGAGUGACUGGCACUGCCUGAGGCCUCCGCCUUGGUCUCUGAGUGUCUCCUCCAGCUAGAGUUCCCAAAGCUCUUUCUACAGCAACCUCCCUCCACACCCACCACACCCCUCGGCCGCCGGGGUCGGGGGCUGUCCCCCAUCACGCUGCAAGACAAGUCCGUGAAGGGUGUGUGUGUCUGAGCAAGUCCUGUAAUAAAGGCCUGGAGCAGCUCUGAGGGGGAGGCCGUUGCGGGCUGGUGGUGGGUGGCGUGGGUGCCUGAAAGCAGCCACGUGGAGCAGCCUCUCGCCUCUGGGGUUGGCAUCCUGCUUCUCGCACCCUAGGGAGAUCAGGGAGCCGUGCAGGCACCCAGCCCUGGCAGCUAAGAAGCAGUGACCGGGAUACAGGUUUCGGUGACUCGUGGGAUGACUUUGACCCUGUUUUUGCUGUUGACAUGAGUACUGACCCCCGUUUCUUAGAACAGUGUAGAGGUGGAGUCUGCUCCCCAGGGCAGGGUAGGCUGGCGGGGACCUGGGGAGGCGAGGACCACACAGGCCCCUGUGCCACGUGGGGAGCUGGAGGAGGGGCCUGCAGAGGCAGCAGGGCCGGAAGGGAGACGGCCGCCAGAGCUGUGCUUCACCUGCUCGGAGCCCAGCUCGGCUGGGACCUGCCCUUUCCACCCCACUUCUCUUCCGGUUGACAGGGAGAGUCGCGGGGCCUUGGUGAGGGGCAGUGGUCAGCUCUGCUGGCUGAGGGGACCCUAAGGGAGCCCCUGGAGGAAGGGAGAUGAGGGUAACGGGACACGCUUCCUGGCUCCCUGUCCUUUCCUGUCCAUGCCCCUCUCUGAUAGUACAUUUUAGAAGUUCACCUAGUGUCUGCCCAAAUUUCAGUUGCUUUCAUUUUUCCCAGUUAACCUCCUUGGAAACUGUCCCCUCCCUCUGUCUCUCCAAUAACUCUUCCCAAACGUAAGGUGGGGCAGCUGACCUUUAUUUCCUGUCUUUGGGUGGAGAGGCGCUGCCAGGCGGGUUCCUGUGGGCGUCCAGCUGCCUCCUCUGAGCUGGUCAGGCUGCCACCGCCUGUGCUUGCUGGGUAGGGUGCUGGCUGUGCAUUUGUUCAGGACCUGGGCUGUUUGGGCUUCCCCAGAGAUGGGGUGACCCGCCUAAGCGAAGCUGAUUUCCAGUCAUUUCUUCCAGACAGAAUUUGAUCCUGACUCCUUUGCUAAAGGCACUAGGAAAGCCCGCCCGCUGUAGAAACCAGGCCCAGAAAGUGUCCUGUCCCUGCAACCUGCAUUCCCCAGAACGUGACUAGAUUUGGAACCUGUGAAGAUCAAGGACAGAGGGGCCAUGCCCUCCCCUGCUAUUACUUACACCCCAGACCUGGGCGGUGAUGGGUCAGUGGCCUUAGACACCCCCACCCCCACCCCACCGCCAGGAGGAAGACAGCCUGGGUAUGCACUUUGGCUCUGCUGUGCACCCACGGAGGGCUUGCAGGGUCGUGUUCCCAGCUGAAGCUAGCUCAUCGCCCCCAAAGCCCCUGCAGUUUGGAGGGCCAGCUCCGGGGCUUCUGGGGAAACUGGACCAUAUAGGAUCAUAACCUUUAGCUCCUUCCUGGAUGAAGAAGUGAUGCCUGCGCGUGCCCCAAUAAGGAUGGCAGAGGCGGAGAACAAGUCGCUGCCAUUCCAGCCCUCAACUGGCCUCCCCGGACUUCCUGAAGUCGUUUGUCAGAUUUCCGUUUCUUAGAGCAGAGUAUUGUGAUCGGGCACCUCCCAGUAUCGAUUACAAAGGCUGGCUUCACACAGGAGGACGAUGAAUAAAUGCUGCCUGUCAUCUUU